UACUUUGGAAGUUUGCUUGUAAUAUUCUGUGUGGAACUGGCCUGUGGUGUUUGGACCUACGAGCAGGAAAUAACGGUUCCAGUGCAGUGGUCUGAUAUGAUCACACUGAAAGCCAGGAUGACUAAUUAUGGCCUGCCUAGGUACCAGUGGCUGACCCAUGCCUGGAAUUUCUUCCAGAGGGAGUUUAAAUGUUGUGGGGUGGUAUACUUCACAGACUGGCUGGAAAUGACAGAGAUGGACUGGCCACCUGACUCCUGUUGUGUCAGAGAGUUCCCAGGAUGCUCUAAGCAGGCACAUCAUGAGGAUCUCAGUGACCUUUAUCAGGAGGGUUGCGGUAAAAAAAUGUACACUUUUUUGAGGGGGACGAAACAAUUGCAAGUGCUGAGAUUUCUAGGAAUCUCUAUUGGAGUAACACAGAUCCUGGCUAUGAUCCUCACUAUUACUUUGCUGUGGGCUCUGUACUACGACAGAAGGGAUCCUGGGGCAGAUCAGAUCAUGGCCCUGAAGAAUGAUACCUCGCAGCAACUGUCCUGUCAUUCCAUGGAGCUACUGAAACCAAGCCUGACAAGGAUCUUUGAACACACAUCCAUGGCAAACAGCUUCAAUACACACUUUGAAAUGGAAGAGCUGUAGGUGGUGCAAUGAAUCUGACAAGUCACAAAGGG